UAGUCAUAUAAAAACGAUCAGCCCCUCAAUCUUAGUGUUAUUCAGUCAAUUCAUUUCGAACUGUGAAAUUUGCAACAUAAAAUUGUUAACAAAUAUAUAUAAAAAAGUAAAACAAACAUAAAAUUUACCCAAAAAAAAACACUUCGUGAUAGUGAAGAUUUAUUGAGGAUGAAGUGCGUGUUUCUUAUGGUGGGCUUGCUGCUCCUGCAAGCCGUGUACGCUUCGAAAAAUAUCACACUAUCAAUUGAUGUACCUCAAGAAAGUCCUGCCGAUGUGUCUUAUGUUGAUGGAAAAGCUCCUGAGGACCUAAAAGCAGGACCAGCGAAAAAAAUCACCAAACCUAAGGAAAUAACAGCUCAAGCCGCAUUUAUUCGCAGUUCGAAUAGGGAGAUUCCAAAGGACGAUGAAAUUGAAAAUGAGGAAUUCGAACGAUUCAUUCAGAAAUACCACAGUCGACCAACUAUUGAAACUGUGUUUGUGUCUACAAGUCCUUCACCAUUAGCCGAAGAUUCUGAAGAACUGACUGAAGAAUCUAAAACAACAGAACCCCAAGCUGAGGUCUUCAAACAACCGUCAGCUAAACUACAAGCUUUCGAAAGAAGUAUCGCUCAUCCAUCAUUAUCAUCACAUAUCCUUCCUCCUCCAAAACAUCAGCCAACUUAUGCAAUUAUCAAUCAACAACCAAAUGGCGGUGGAAUUUCAUUCUCUGGAAAUGAUGGUUAUAUUUUCCAGUCAAACGGAGGUGGAGGUGCUGGAACUGAUGGUUAUAUUCUUCAAUCAAACGGAGGUGGUGGUGCUGGAACUGAUGGUUAUAUUCUUCAAUCUGGUGGUGGUGGUGGUGUUGGUGGUAUUGAUGGGGGACAAUUUAUAAUAUCAGCAGACGGCCAAUUCGCUAAUUUCGUCCCGGCAACCUUUAACGUAGCACAAAAUGCUGUCAAAACGAGAACCUAUGAAAUUCGAAGACCUGCAAUCCAGAAGCAUUACUAUGACAUUGAAGAACGAGUGAUUGUUCGACCAGCAGGUUCAGUUAUUGUUGAGCUUGAUCGGCCUGUGGCAAAGGUACCAACUGGAGAAACAGUUGUUGCAGUGGGAGGGUUGACGGGUUCAUUAGCCGGAAAUGGUUUCCAACAAUCGUCGCAAGGUGGUUUUAAUCUUGCAACUUUGCUUGGUCUUAAUGGUGGUGGAGGAUCGCAGCAAGGAUCGGGCAUAACUUAUACAUCAAGUGUUGGACUUCCAUCAACAAGUGGAUCAGCAGGUGGAUUCCAACUGUCACAAGGCUCUAAUGGAGGAACACAAAUUGGCAUAGGAAUUCAACAACAACAAGGCGCUAUUGGAGGAGGACAAGGAGGAAUAGGCAUUCAGCAAUCUCAGGGAGGAAUCACUUUCUCAACAACCACACCGGGUCCAAAUGGUUCUCCGACAUCAACAACAGUUGUAGUUGGUACCCAACAGCAACAAGGUGCCGGUGGAGCAUCUGGAACUGGAAUUCAGCAAUCACAAAGUGGAAUUUCUGUAACAACAACACCUGCACCAAGUGGAGGAGGGAAUGGAGGCUUUGCGGGAAUUGGAGUUCAACAGUCCCAAAGUGGUUUAGGAAUUUCACAAGGUGGAGGAGCAAAUGGAGGCUUUGCCGGAAUCGGAGUUCAACAGUCCCAAAGUGGUGUAGGAAUAUCACAAGUUGGAGGAGCCAAUGGAGGAUUUUCUGGAGUUGGUAUUCAGCAGUCUCAAGGUGGUGUGGGAGUAUCACAAGGUGGAGGAGCAAAUGGAGGGUUUGCCGGAAUCGGAGUUCAACAGUCCCAAAGUGGUGUGGGAAUUUCACAAGGUGGAGGAGCAAAUGGAGGAUUUUCUGGAGUUGGUAUUCAGCAGUCUCAAGGCGGUGUGGGCAUUUCACAAGGUGGAACCUCUAGCACAGGUAUUCAGCAAUCACAAAGUGGGAUUGCAAUUUCGACAACUUCAGCCCCUGCACCAGGGACUGGCCCAACAUCAUCAACCACGAAUAUUUAUCUUGGAGGUGGUGCUAAUGGUCCUAAUGGAGGCCUUGCAGGUGGUGGUCCCAAUGGAGGAGUGGGAGGGGUUGGCUUUUCACAAACCCAAGGUGGAAGCGGUUCUUUUGCAGAAGGAUCAUCUGCUGGUGGCUUCCAGCAGUCACAAGGUGGUGUUGUUUACUCACCAACUGGAGUUCCAUUCUUCCCAUCAAGCACGCCAUUACCAAACAGUGGUGGAUUUUCCGGAAUAGGUUUCCAAAGUGGAAGCGGAUCUUUUGCAGGAGGAUCAUCUGCUGGUGGAUUCCAGCAAUCACAGGGUGGUGCUGUUUACUCAACUACUGGAGCGCCUUUCUUCCCGUCAAGCACGCCCUCACCAAACGGAGGAGGAUUAUCUGGAGUAGGGUUCCAAAGUGGAAGCGGAUCUUUUGCAGGAGGAUCAUCUACUGGUGGAUAUCAGCAAUCACAAGGUGGUGCUGUUUACUCAACAACUGGAGCUCCAUCAUUCUUCCCGUCAACCACUCCAUCGCCAAACGGAGCUGGAUUCUCUGGAGCAGGAUUCCAACAAUCACAGGGUGGAAUAGGUGUAUCACAGGGUGGUGGAUUUUCUGGAGCAGGAUUCCAACAGUCACAAGGGGGUAUUUAUUCAACAACACCAGCCCCAUACCUUCCACCUUCUGCACCAACACCAACGGUUCUAAUUGGUAGAUCUAAUGGAGGAUUUUCUGGAGCAGGAUUUCAACAAUCUCAAGGUGGUAUCGGCUUAGGUCAAGGGGGAUCUCAAGGUGGAUUUGCUGGUUUCCAACAAUCACAAGGUGGAAUUGGUUUUGGACAGGGAGACACAACAGCAUCAAGCAGCAUUGGCCUAGUAAGGGGAGGAUCAUUGGGUGGAGGAGAAAUAAUUUACUCAACAACAUCUUCACCGUCAUAUUCGAUAACAUCAGGAUCACGAUCGAUUAUUUUGAGACCGAAACCAGGUGGUGGCUAUCCGUUUGUGUCAACUACAACAGGUGGCCCUAUAACUAUAUCAACACUUAGUCCAAAUGGCAACAAUGGAAAUAGUUUUGUCGUUCAAGCAAAUUCAAAUUCGCAAAGCCAAGGUUCUAUUUCAUCGACCACUACUACCGAACGAUCAUUUGCGAUAUCACGAGAUGCUUCAGCUUUUGCAAGAGGUUCGUCAUCAGGAAGCAAUGAUCCUUUUAAGAUCACUGUUGGAGAACCAAAUUUCUCAUAUCCUCCUUAUGUAGAGAUUUCUUCAAAUGGAUCACCUUUGGGUCAUUUAAAACAACAACCCUACACUCAAACUACAAGCCAUGACUAUCCAAGGAUGAGAUAUCAAGGAAAACUUCUUACUGGUGAAGUUCGAAUUGAGGAUGGACUUGGUGAACCACAUGAAUCGCAGCAACAUGGCUAUGGAGCGCUUUCUUCACAUCACCAAAAUUACGAAAGCCAAGCUACUGUUGCCGAAAUUCCACCAAACACACCACAAGAAGAAGAAACAUCCGCAACUGUCUACAAAGUAGAAAACCCAAUUAACCAGCAUUAUGAGGAGCCCACGGCUGCCGGACACCACCAUCAAUUCGAAGGGAGUUCUAAGCAGCCUAUUCAAGAUUCCCAGAUUCAUCGCGGUGCGCAUCAACAACCUGAUCAAAUAUAUCAACAUCAUUUCCAGCGAACCACCUCACAGCCAAUAGUUAUUCCAACUUCAACGUAUAGUGAUAAUCAACAUGUUUCUCAACAUCAUGCUGCCCAGCCACAUGCUGCCCAACAACAAGACCAACAUCAAUUAUCUUCACAUCAACAUUCACCACAUCAACAUUCUCCACAUCAACAAUUCGCCCAGCUUAAUUAUGUUCAUCCGAUUUCUAGUCAUCCGCAUUCAGCUCAUCAGCAUCAUGCUGCUCAACAGCAGGCUUACCCACAAUCUACAACACAUUACGUCAUUCAAGAACAGAAACCAAUUGAAAGGGCAAACUACCAAAGCAGUCACCAGCAUCAUAACAACCUACAUCCUGUCGCUCCAACUUCAGUUCAUCAGCAACAUGUUGCUCAAGGAAGCAAUCAGCAGCCAAUUCAUGAGCAACAUGCUGCCCAGCUCAGAAAUCAACAUCCAAAUCAUCACAAUUUAGUUGCAGAAAUUCGUCACCAACAACCUUCUCAAGUCUCAGCUCGUCAACAACAAUCAGAACAUCAUCAACCAACUGAAAGCACACACUCCAAGCAACAAGUAACAGAAAGCUUAGAAGAACCAAUCGAAGUAUCCGAAGUCCAUAGCAGCACUCAUCAGCAACCAACAUUAUUCCAGCAACAAGUUGCAUCACCAACCGCUAAUACACUGGAACCAUAUAGUUCAGGUCAGAGACAAUACAAACAACGUGGUUCUCCUUUGAAAUACACUCAAGACCCUAGCUUAAACGUCACUCCUAAAGAACACACGGUUUACUUCAACAACAAUCUUGAACAUACUUCAGCUCGGAGUCAAAAUUUGGAAUUACCUCCUCAGACAGAUUCCCUAACCGAUGGAAAAAGUGCCAAAAAUGUUGAAUCAUCAACCUUAUCUAUCGAGACUUCACCGACAGCCUCCAGCCAACGAGUAGAAACUACAACUCAAUGUCCAACUUACGCUUCAGUUCUUGCACAGGGCAAGCCUGGAAUUUUAUAUGCUCCCCCUAGACCUGUUGUAUCACAUCAUUCUCCUGGUCACAAACAACACUUCGUUAGAUUCAAUUCGGAUGGUUCCUCAUUGUUCUCACCUUUUGGUCGACAAUUGCAAUUGGUUUACUCCCAAUCGCCACGAGCAGGCCACCCUCAUAACCAACAAUCCCACACAGCCCACCCAGUACCCACUUCACCUAUUGAGCCGGUGAAAGAGCAAACUUCUGUGACCAACAAAGGAUACCAAAUACAGGCCCAACUUCCUAUCACGCGCCAAAGCCAAAUCGAACUAAAUUCCAGCAGCAAACCUGCUUCAGCCAGUGAGCCCCAAAUAACAAGAUCUCGAUCACAUGCUGCUGCAUCACACCAAACUUCCGCACGUUACGAAGCUAUUUCUUCAACAACACCCGAGACUGCCACCACCACCAUCGCUACCACUUCCAAAAAGGAGAAUUACAAGCAGCAGCAGCAGCGUGGCCCGCAAAAGUAUCGCAACGAACAAACUCACGGCGCUAUCACCUUGAGAAGUGGUCGCACCUACGGUGAUCAUCGUGUCAUUGCCUCUUCGCCAGCUCCCAGCGAUGGUGGAGCAGCCAGUGAAAGUGUACAAACGCGACGCAUCGUUGUUAACCAUCCAUUCCAAACGAUUCAGGAGGUAGUCGAACGGGAACCUUUCACAAACAUUCAUCAGGUUACAGUGAAUGCGCCUGCAAAGCAAGUACAGCUUGCAAGUGGCCUCCAAGAAGGCCAACAGAAGUCUGCUGCCUACCGUGCACCAGCUCCCUAUAAGGUAGCCGCACUAUUGAAUCAUCCACAUGCAACCCUGAGCUUCCAUCAUGGCGGUUCACAUUGAUCGGGGUCGCUGCAACUUAUACUAUACGUCAAACGAUUACAUAGGUAUAGAAGAUGCCGACGAACGACGCGACGAUGACGACCAUAAAAGUGAAAGGACAGAAUAAUUCUCUGAUUCUAGAUUAAAGCUAUUUAAUUAUAUUGUUAACAAUUCUUUUUUUUUCAAUCUUCAUCUAGAUCACAUUCUGUUCGUUUAUUUUUAUUCUUUUUUAUUUUGUUUGUAAGUUUUAUAUAUUUUUUGUUUUAAAUAAUUAAGUGAAUAAAAUUCGAGUUUAGUACAUUGAACAAAACAAAAAAUUA